AUGUCCUGGAUUCCAGUUUGGCUCCUGCUACUUGCCCAGUGCGCAGGCGGUGGCCAUCAGCCGGCCUUGCACCAGCCGCCAUCUGUGUCUUCAGCCCUGGGGACCACGGUCCAUCUUACCUGCACCCUGAGCCGCGACCACAGCGUGGGACUACACAGCAUCUUCUGGUAUCAGCAGAGGCCGGGCCACCCGCCCAGGUUCCUGCUGCGGUACUUCUCCCACUCCAACCAGGGCCACGGCCCCGGGAUCCCUCCUCGCUUCUCCGGAUCCAAGGACGUGGCCCGGAACAGCGGCUACCUGAUCAUCUCGGAGCUGCGGCCGGAGGAUGAGGCUGUGUAUUAUUGCGCCAUGGGCAGCCUGGAGGAGCAGAUGGAGAGGAAGAGGGGGGAGGAAAAGGAGCCUGCGGCCUCAGGGUCCCAGGUGCUCAAGGACAGCGUGCCUUGA